AUUCUGCUGUGCUAAACUCGUAAGCUCUAACCUUCACGAUUUUCGCUCUGUGAAAAACUCUCCCUCCAAUUUCCAGUUCUCUACGGAAGGUCCAAUCUCAUGGCCUUUGUCAAUGACGACGCAGAAAUCACCUCCUUCGCCUGCUCUUCAGAGAUGGAGAAGUUCCUCUGCGACCGCUUGAACGACCCUUCUCAGCCCAUUGCCGAGCGCUUCCGAGCUCUGUUCUCCCUCCGCAACCUCAAGGGCCCCGCCCCUCGCGAUGCCCUCAUUCUUGCGACUAGAGAUCCUUCGAAUUUGUUGGCUCAUGAGGCUGCAUUUGCAUUGGGCCAAAUGCAAGAUACAGAUGCAAUCCCAGCGUUAGUGACUGUUCUUAACGAUCUUUCUUUGCACCCCAUUGUUCGGCACGAGGCAGCAGAAGCUCUUGGAGCUAUUGGCUCAGAGAGUAAUAUUCCUUAUUUGGAAAAGAGCUUGGCUUUAGAUCCUGCUCAAGAGGUUAAAGAGACAUGUGAAUUGGCCCUUAAGAGAAUUGAACAACUGAAAGAUUCUAGUAAAGAAGGUGAAUCAUCCACAGUUGAAAAGUCACCAUUUCUGUCUGUCGAUCCAGCUGCCCCAGCUUCUUCUGAUUCUUCAGUAUGUCAACUUAGGGAAAUUCUUCUGGAUGAUGAUAAGGGCAUGUAUGAGCGCUAUGCAGCCCUUUUUGCUUUACGGAAUAAUGGCAACGAUGAAGCUUUAACUGCAAUUAUCAACUCUUUAAGGUCCAAAAGUGCUCUGCUAAAGCAUGAGGUUGCUUAUGUAUUAGGCCAAUUGCAAAACAAAGCAGCUUCAGAUGCUCUCUCCAAUAUUCUUGAGGAUGUUAAUGAGCAUCCAAUGGUUAGACAUGAGGCUGCUGAAGCUCUUGGUUCCAUUGCAGACGAAAGAAGCAUAGCACUUCUCAAGGAGUUUGCAAAGGAUCCUGAGCCUAUUGUCUCGCAGAGUUGUGAGGUUGCACUAAGCAUGCUGGAGUAUGAAAGGUUGGGAAGAUCAUUUGAGUUCCUGUUCAUGCAAUCUCCUCAAGUGCAAUAAGUUGCAACAAACAGAAAAUAGCAUCAAUUGCGAAGUUUUAUAGGUGAUAUGCCUUUGACUUAGUGGAGAUAGUCAAGAUUGGAGCAAUAUAGACAGUAAUUAUCUAUGUUUAUUGUUCCAUUUGGAUAUAUCUAAACUUUCCUCAAUUGGAAUGAAAGAUACAGAAAUCUUACCAAAAAAGAUAUUGAAAAUUAUAUAUUUUC